CAAAACUCUAUAAAUAGAAUCACUUCAAUGUGUUGUUCUCCAUCCAAUCCAUAUUCCAUUCAAUUUAUCACUCUUGCACUCUCCAUCCUUUGGUCCUUCCCAUUCCACAAUCAUGCCCCGACUUUUGUUAUUAAUCUUUGCAUUUUCUAGUAUGUUCUUGGUUGAUGCUAGUAAAAAUCUAAAUGGCUUUAGCAUUGAUCUUAUCCCACGUCACUCUCCCAUGUCUCCUUUAUAUGACUCUCUAAUGACCCAAACCGAGUUAGUUAAAAGUGCUGCUAUACGAUCCAUUGCUCGAUCCAAAAGAGUUGACUUCAUAGGUCAAAAUGAAUUAUUAUCACCAUCACCAUCGUCAUCAAUUGAAAGUCCUAUAACUCAUGUUUCUGAUCAUGGGGAAUACCUCAUGAGAUUCUCCUUAGGCACCCCUAGUGUUGAAAGGCUUGCUAUUUUUGACACGGGGAGUGAUUUAUCUUGGGUCCAAUGUUCCCCUUGUAAAGCAUGUUACCCUCAAGAUGCCCCAUUGUUUGAUCCAACCCAAUCUUCCACGUACAUGGAUGCGCCAUGUGACUCACAACCAUGCACACUAAUCCCCCAAAGCCAACGUGAUUGUGGAAAUUCUAGGCAAUGCAUUUACCUUCAUCAAUAUAGUGAGAACUCAAUCACCAUUGGAAAAUUGGGUCAUGAUACCAUUAGGUUUUGUUCAACAGGUAUGGGCCAAUGUGCCACGUUUCCCAAAACGGCUUUUGGGUGUGGUGUAUAUAAUAAUUUCACGUUUCAGCUAAGUAGCAAGGCCAAUGGCUUUGUGGGCCUUGGGCCUGGCCCAUUAUCACUAGCUUCACAACUUGGAGGCCAAAUCAGUCACAAAUUUUCCUAUUGCAUGGUUCCUUUUAGUUCAACCUCCACAGGGAAAUUGAUAUUUGGGAACCAAACCAUGGCACCAUCAACUGGGGUUGUGUCCACUCCCUUCAUUAUUAACCCAAGUUUACCCUCAUAUUAUUUCCUCAACCUAGAAGGUAUCACAAUUGGACAAAAAAAGGUGUUGACUGGUCAAACUGGUGGCAACAUUAUCAUUGAUUCGGUUCCCAUAUUGACACAUCUUGAACAAAGUUUAUAUGCUGAUUUUAUAAGUUCGGUGAAGGAAGCGAUUAAUGUGGAGGCUGCAGAGGAUGCUCCAACCCCAUUUGAAUAUUGUGUGAGGAAUCCUACUAACAUGAUUUUCCCUGAUUUUGUGUUUCAUUUUACAGGGGCUGAUGUUGUCCUAAACCCUAGUAACAUGUUUAUUUCCAUGGGCAACAACUUGGUUUGCAUGACGGUGUUACCCUCUCGAGGCAUUUCUAUCUUUGGAAAUUGGGCACAAGUUAAUUUUCAAGUGGAGUAUGAUCUUGGAGAGAGAAAAGUUUCUUUUGCUCCAACAAAUUGUAGCACCUAUUAAGUGUGUGUUUGGAACUGCCUUGCAUUAGCUUCUAAUUUUUCACGUCUUGAAUCUAGUUUUAUGAUUCUGAAGUAGAACCAAACACGGGCUAAUUAGCUUAUCCUUACACAUCCUUAAUCUAGAUUUCACUUCGAUAAGAAAAGGUUAUAUGUGUCUUUUCUUUAAUAGUCUUUUAUUUUACUAGUUUAUGAGAUAUAGGGUAACUUGUAAUGCCUCUACUUAUUUCUACUAGUCUGAAUUGAAUAUUGUGUUAAAUUAGAUA